AUGUUGUCAAAGUUACGUAUCGAUACCGAGGAAUUGUCGAAAAACGUAACAUUGUUGCGUGCUAAUACGAGAGAAUCGAUAAAACGACGCGAUGAAUUCGAUGCGCAGACCUUGCUAUGUACAAACAAUCUGGAAAAGAGAUGCAACAAAAAUAAGAAUGACAUCGCUAGCGUUUCGUUCAAAUUACUCGAUUUAGCGAAUAAAUACCAAACCAUCACGAAAAAUCAUAACGCUAUCACGGAACUGUCGAGCACAAAAGCCUCCAAAGAUCUGCUGGACAAAACAAGUCGCCUUGCAUUAGAUAUUCGAAACAACGUCAAGAGCUUAAUGGAAACAAGAGCGACGAAAGAUUCGUUGAAUCAAUUAACGGACAAAGUGUCGCUCGAUAUCGAAAAGCUCGUAACCAUGGUGAACGAGUUAGAAGACAAUGAUACGAAAGAACGGAACACUAUUAGGGAAUUGAACAGUAAAAUGGCUACCAAAGAUAUGAUUGUUGAUUUUAGAAAAAAAAUUGAGGGAAAAGCAGAGAAAACCUUGAUAGAAACGUCGCUUGCAUCGUUAGAUUUUACGAAAGAUAUGAUAAGUGAACUACGUUCUGAUGUAUCGCACCGACUUCUCAGACUCGAGGGUAAAACGAAGUGA